AGUACUGAUGGGUACUGAUUUGAGAGAAACUGAAAUUGGAAAGCGAGAGCCAGAGAGGAGAGUUGGUAUAUAAAACAGAGCAUGGUGAGCAGAGCUGCAGGAGAGAUAAAGAAGGAAGAGAGAGAGAGAGAGAGAGAGAGAGAGAGAGAGAGAGAGCAAGAGGAGAGAUACAGGCUUGUGUUCUGUGGUACUUUUGGGGUUGCAGGAUUUGGAGUAUCGUGUCGGGGAGGGGUUUGAGUCGCUGGGUUCUGGGGUUGGUGCACACAUGGCCCUUCUUUGAUCAUUAAGGCGACAUAUAUAUAUAUAUACCUUGGUGGGGGAGAUUCGAAGAUCUCUUCUUGCUCUAUUUAUAUAACUCUGCGUGUUGGAGAAAAUCAAGAAACUCCGGUAGCACAGAUCACGAAUCCUCGAUUAUAAUGGAUGUCACGUUGAGCUUUUCGCAUGAUAUGGAUAAUGAAUACGAGAAACUAAUUCGAAGAAUGAACCCACCCAGGGUUGUGAUUGAUAAUGAAGCCUGCAAGAAUGCAACAGUUAUAAGGGUGGACAGUGCAAAUAAACAUGGCAUACUCCUUGAAGUGGUCCAAGUCCUUACCGAUCUUAAUCUUAUCAUAACCAAAGCGUAUAUAUCUUCAGAUGGAGGAUGGUUUAUGGAUGUCUUCAAUGUUACUGAUCCGGAUGGAAACAAGAUUACAGAUGAGAGUGUUCUAGGCUAUAUCCGAAUGUCUCUUGGCCCAGAUUCAUGCUUCACAGCUUUGAGGUCUGUUGGGGUUACACCAUCAAUGGAUAACACGUCAAUUGAGUUAACUGGAAGUGACAGACCAGGGCUACUUUCUGAAGUUAGUGCUGUGCUCACUCACCUUAAAUGCAGUGUGGUUAAUGCUGAGGUGUGGACUCACAACGCCCGGGCUGCUGCUGUUAUGCAUGUAACUGACGAGGAAACUGGGUGUGCAAUUACUGACCCGGAGAGGCUCUCUAGGAUUAAGGAACUUCUGUGCAAUGUGCUUAAGGGCAGCAACAAGACCAGGGCAGCAAAGACUGUGGUUUCUCAUGGAGUCACUCACACUGAUAGAAGGCUUCAUCAGAUGAUGUUUGCUGACCGGGACUAUGAACGAGCUGAUGACGAGGACUUGGAUGAGAAGCAAAGACCAAAUGUGAAUGUUGUUAAUUGGUAUGACAAAGACUAUUCAGUGGUCACUACACGAAGCAAAGAUAGGCCAAAACUCCUCUUUGAUACAGUUUGCACUCUAACAGACAUGCAGUAUGUGGUUUUCCAUGCCAAUAUUGACGCUGAAGGGCCUGAAGCUUAUCAGGAAUUCUAUAUCAGGCAUAUAGAUGGGUCCCCUGUGAAAUCAGAAGCAGAGAGAGAAAGAGUGAUCCAAUGUCUUGAAGCAGCUAUUGAGAGAAGAGUAUCUGAGGGACUGAAGCUAGAAUUAUGCACUGCCGACAGAGUUGGGUUGCUAUCUGAUGUGACCCGAAUUUUCCGAGAGAACAGCCUCACUGUGACAAGGGCAGAAGUAACAACGAGGGCAGGCAAAGCUGUUAAUACGUUUUAUGUUCAGGAUGCAUCAGGAUACCCCGUUGAUUCAAAGACAAUUGAUUCCAUACGGCAGGCAAUUGGCCAGACUAUACUGAAAGUCAAAGGAAGCCCUGAAGAGGUAAAAACAGCUCCUCAAGAGUCUCCAACCAGAUUCCUCUUUGGUGGUUUGUUCAAGUCAAGAUCCUUCUGUAAUUUUGGAUUGAUUAGAUCAUACUCUUGAGGAACUGCUAAUAGAUCACUCCCCGUAUGUACAUACAAGAGAAAUCCCCCGAUUGCAAAUUCCACCAAAUCUUCACCAUUCUAAGCAAAAGUGUGACCCAAGUUUUAGAAAGUCAAUUCUUUCAGGGAGGUUAAGAAAAUGCAUGGAGUCAACAAAGUGAAGUGUCUGUAAAUUUGCCGAUUUUUCCUUUACCCCUGCAUGUUAUUGUGGAUUUAAGCUCCCAUUGGGGGCUAGAGAGAGAGAAAUCUGAUCAUGAAUGUGUUGAGAAGGAGGCCUUUGUGCAGAGAAAUUUUUCAUGGUAUCUUA